AUGCCGCACUCAGAUAUCUCACCAUUGCCGUGUCGCGAACUAUUUUCUGACCUUCCACCUUUUCCAGACAAUAUUCCCACUGCACCACUUCUCCGUAUAUCGCUCGAGAAGCUGCUCCAACACGAUUCAGAGGAAGAAGAGCGAUGCUGGAAGGCUUGUUGUGACCUGGGGUUCUUCUACCUUGACUUGCACACAUCGAGCCCAAUUAGUCUGGAUGAUAAAAAUAGAACAGCAAGCGGCGAAACACUGCUUCAGGAUGCGGACCAGCUUUUUGAGGUGAUGAAGGGUUUCUAUGAUCUGGACAUAAAGGAGAAGAUCAAAUACGAUUUCAAAGACCAGGGCAGCUAUUUCGGAUACAAAGGCUACGGAGAAGGCUUCAUCGACAAACAGGGGACUCGAGACCGGAAUGAAUUCUACAACAUCUCCAAAGACGACAUCCUCGGACUCAGCCCACCCCUCCCGUCACCCGCUGUUCUAAACCCCCAUCGCGCGCUCUACAAGUCCUACAUCCACUCCUCGCACGCAGUAUGCAUGCUCAUCGCCUCACUGAUAUCCCUUCGCCUUCCACUAACGCACGAAUCCCGCGCAGCAGGCGGUCUACCCGCGCUGCACAACCUCCGCGCUCGUUCGGGCGACCAAAUUCGCUUCGUCAAAGCGCCGCCACAAGAGCCCUCGCUCCGGGGUGUAGCGCUGGGCGAACACACUGAUUUCGGAAGCGUCACUGUGCUAUUCAAUAGGUUGGGGGGACUGCAAGUCAGACUCCCGCCGUCUAUCGCGCCCGCACCAGCGAGGCCCUCCUCGUCCUCCUCCCCACCACUAGCCGCGGCUUCUGACGUGGAGCGACGGCUGUGUGAGGAUGGGUGGGCAUAUGUGCGUCCCCUUCCGCGGCAUUGUAUCGUUAACCUCGGGGACGCACUUGUUAAGUUUUCAAAUGGCUUGUUGAGGAGUAAUAUCCAUCGUGUUGUUGCGCCGCCGGGGGGGCAGGGGGGUGUGACGCGGUAUAGUUUGGUUUACUUUUGUCGGCCGGAGGAUGAUGUUUUGUUGAAAGGGGUGGUGGAGGGAGAGGAAGGGGAAGGGAAAGAGGUUGUUACGGCUAAAGAGUGGAUUCUAAGGAGAGCGUUGGGGAGGAGGAAGGUUGAUGGGUGGGCGGGGAGUGGGGGGACCGAGGGGGUGAGUAUGAGGGGUGGUGGAAUGAGAGUGUGA